AUGUCCUUCUCAGCGGAGAGGUUGCAUAUGGUCGUCGUACUGGUCCCGGCUGAAAUUAAUGGCCACGAUGUUGGUUUGCUCCAUAAUUUCGAUAGGGUCAAACUGCCCUAUACUGACAUCCUUCGGCCUGCGGCUUCUGGACCCGGUCCCAGCAUCCCAAAAUAUCAAAGUGGGCUCAUAAGCUCGAUGGAACGCAUGAAACUCGACUCAGGAAGCGGUGGGGGAAAGGCGCCUCAGCUGGCGAAGCCUGCUCCCAAGCUGGAUCCGAAAGAGGUGGAGGACCGCAAGAAGCACAAUGACAUUAUCAAAAAGAGUUCGGCUAUGAAGCGGAUAGGGCCGGGGGUGUCUCUGGCGUUCCCGAGGAUCAAAUCUCGAGAUGGCAAGAAGGAACUCGUCUACGACCCGAAGACCAAGCGCAGCGUCAUGAAGGUUGUUGUGAAAACAGCUGAGGCCACGAAGCCACAGCCCACAAGCGGCUUGCCAGUCAAGGGCGUUGCUUCGGGCUAUGCUUGUACCAAAAGUACCCAGAAGUUUGCAAAGGCAUCGGAGCUGGAAACUCACAAGAAGACUCAUAAGUAG